AUGAUGGUGAAGGAUAUACCACUUACAUUUGAGUCUGAGGAACACUAUGUUGGUUCUUUUGUUUCUCCUUUGCUAGAGGAAACACGUGCUGAAUUGGCUUCUUCUAUGGAGAUCAUGUAUAGAGCUCCGUAUGCUGAAAUCUGUUCUAUAAUUGAUACAAAAGAUGAUGGAAAUAUGAUGUAUGAUAUUACUGUUGGUAAUUGGAGAAACAUACAUGGUGAACGUGGUAAAGAGCCGUACCGGACAUUGCCUGGUGAUCUGCUUAUUUUAGCAGAUGGAAAACCCGAAUCUGUUUCUGAUUUGCAGCGUGUGGGAAGAAAAUGGGCUUUUUCAUUGGUUGACAACAUCAGUGAAGAAUAUAAAGAAGAUGGUAUUGACAGUACACCAGUAUUUUUCAAAGUUAAAGCAUCACAACGAAUAGAAUUCCAAGAUGGGAUGUCUGUUGUCUUCUUGAUGAAUAUUACAACCCAUAAAAGAAUCUGGAAUUCAUUGUACAUGCGUCAAAAUAAGAAUAUUAUCAAAGAGAUUCUUUACUCUGAUUCUAUGGCUAGGGAAUGCUGCAAUAUCUGCUCUUUUGAUAGUCAUUUUUCUCAAAAACUUGAUCCACGUCUUUUGGAUCAGCUGAAUGAAUCCCAGGCAGGUGCAAUUAUGGCAGCUCUUUGUAAAACGGAAUGUAGCCAUGAUUCUUAUGUGGAACAGAUAUGGGGACCACCUGGAACAGGGAAAACAAAAACUGUAAGUGUGUUGUUGUUUAUUCUUUUGCAAAUGAACCGUAGGACGCUUACAUGUGCUCCAACGAACGUUGCAAUAGUACAAGUAGCUUCACGUGUGCUAAAUCUGGUCAAGGAAUCAUACAAUACUACAACUGCUAGUGGUGAUUUAUUUUAUUGUGUUGGAGAAGUACUUUUGUUUGGCAACAAGGAAAGGUUGAAAGUUGGUACAGAAAUUGAAGAAAUUUAUCUGGAGAAUCGGAUUAAGAUGCUUAGAGAGUGCCUUGGGCCUUUGACCGGUUGGAAGGUUUGCAUGAGAUCCAUGGUUAAUUUACUUGAAAAUUGUGUUUCUAAAUAUCAUGAUUUUGUGGAAAAUGAAUUGUUCAAAGAGGAACAACUAGCAGCUGAAAAUAAAAAUGAGACUAGAGCUACUAAGUUGGAAGUAAAAUCAUUCAUUGAGUUUGUGCGUGAUCAGUUUAGUUCAUGUAUAUCGCCACUAAGGAGAUGCAUCUUAACAUUCUUAACUCAUGUUCCAAAACGUUUCAUGAAGGAACACAAUUUCCAGAAGAUGCUCUCUCUUUUGGAUGAUUUAAGAUCUUUUGAAUCACUGUUGUUUAAAGAGGAUUUGGUUUCUGAAGAGCUUGAGCAGCUUUUAACUUCAAAACCUAUUGAUAAGUUGAGGGAUAUGUCGUCAAUCAAUUUUGCUGGAGCCAAGUCUCUAUCUGUUCUAAAAAUUCUGCAAACAUCUCUUGAAGGACUUGGUCUUCCAAGUGUAUUGAAAAGAUUUGCGAUAAAGAACUUCUGUUUUCAAAAUGCUUCCCUUAUAUUUUGUACAAGUUCGACUUCCUACAAGUUGCAUACUGUUGAAAUCAAACCUUUGGAGAUCUUGGUUAUAGAUGAAGCUGCCCAGUUAAAAGAAGCUGAAUCUAUCAUUCCCCUUCAGCUUCCUGGGAUAAAAAGUGCUAUCCUCAUUGGAGAUGAGUGCCAGUUGCCAGCAAUGGUUUCCAGCAAAGUAUGUAUUGAAUCUGGCUUUGGAAGAAGCCUAUUUGGGAGACUAAGUUCUUUGGGGCAUUCUAAGCAUUUACUUGCUGUGCAGUAUAGGAUGCAUCCAUCCAUUAGUUUUUUCCCAAAUUGGAAAUUUUAUGAAAAUCAGAUUCGGGAUGCCGAAAAUGUGACAAAUGAAAGUUAUAGAAAGCAAUAUCUUUCAGGACCAAUGUUUGGUCCGUAUUCAUUUAUAAAUGUUGUUGGUGGAAUAGAAGAAAAAGAUGUUGAUAAUCGAAGCCGAAGAAAUAUGGUUGAGGUAGCUAUCGUGAUUAAGAUUGUACGAAAUCUCUACAAAGGAUGGCAAAACUCGAGGAAGAAGCUUACUAUAGGGGUUGUAUCUCCAUAUGUUGCCCAAGUUGUUUCCAUUCAAGAAAAACUUUCUCGCAAAUAUGAGAAACUUGAUGGCUUUUCGGUAACAGUAAAAUCCGUUGAUGGGUUUCAAGGUGGAGAAGAAGAUAUCAUUAUCUUAUCAACAGUAAGAUCUAAUAGCCAUGGGUCUGUUGGCUUCUUGUCUAGUCCUCAAAGGACUAAUGUAGCCUUGACCAGAGCACGUCAUUGUCUCUGGAUAUUGGGAAAUGAAAGAACCCUCAAUAAUAGUGAAUGUGUAUGGAAAGACUUGGUCUGUGAUGCAAGGAAUCCCCGUUGUUUGUUUGAUGCUGAUGUUGAUGAAUGCUUGAAGAUGACAAUUAUAGCUGCAAAGAAAGAGCUAGACCAACUUGAUGAUCUUGUUAAUGGAAAUCGUGUUCUUUUUAAAAAUGAAAAAUGGAAGGUUCUCUUCAGUGAUGAUUUCAGAAGAUCAUUUGGAAAACUGACAUCUCCUCGCUUGAAGAAGGUGGUUUUAAAUCUUUUACUGAAACUUUCUGGUGGUUGGCGCCCCAAGAAUAGAAGUGUAGACGUGUGUUGCGAAAAAUCUUCUCAACUUUUAAGCAAAUUUAAGGCUGAAGGUGUGUAUAUUAUUUGCUCAGUUGACAUCAUUAAGGAAGUCAGAUACAUACAAGUUUUAAAAGUUUGGGAUGUAUUACACUUGGAGGAGAUUCCCAAACUCACAAAACGACUUGAGAGCAUAUUUUCUGCCUACACAGAUGAUUAUAUUAGUCUUUGCUCAUCAAAAUGUUUGGAAGAGAAUCUUGAAGUUCCUAGGAGUUGGCCAGCAUCGAAGGAAAUUACCAGAUUUAGUUAUUUAAGCAACUGUGAAGAUGACAGUGAGGCGAUUGUGAAUCCUGGCGAUGGUAGAAAUUAUGUUGAAAACUCAAAAGUGAGUGAAAGCUUAUUACUCAUGAAGUUCUACUCGUUGUCACGUUGGGUGGUGAGUCAUUUGCUUUCUGGUAAAGCAUUUGACCUACCAAUGCAAGUCACUGAUGAACAAAUGGAUAUAGUUCUAUUUUGCAAAAGUUCCUUCAUAAUUGGGCGCUCGGGAACCGGGAAAACUACAAUUUUGACAAUGAAACUGUUCCAGAAUGAACAAGAUUUUCGUGUUGCUACUGAAGGGAUUACUGAAGCAGAAAGCAACCACAUCGGGGAUGCUGAAGUUGUUGAUAAUUCUGAAAGUAGCAAACCAAGUGUUCUCCAUCAGCUUUUUGUGACAGUCAGCUCGAAAUUGUGUUAUGCUGUGAAGCAACAUGUUUCCCAACUUACAAGUACUUCAUGUCCUGGGAAUUUGUCAGUGGAGAUCAGUCUUGAGGAUGUAGAUUUUACGUCUGAAUUCAAUGAUAUCCCAAACACAUUUGUUGAAAUCUCUGUGAAAAAUUAUCCUCUUGUUAUAACUUUCCAAAAGUUCCUAAUAAUGUUGGAUGGCACAUUAGGGAGUUCUUAUUUUGAAAGGUUUCUUGAGGCAAGAGAGGGUUCUCAAUGUAACCAUAUAAGUACAACAUCUGUUGCAUUGCAAACUUUCAUAAGAUUAAAGGAGGUAACAUAUGAUAGGUUUUGUUCACUUUACUGGCCUCACUUCAAUUCAAUUCACAAAAAGAAACUUGACCCCUCUCGAGUAUUCACCGAAAUAAUUUCUCACAUAAAAGGGGGCUUGCAAGCAGGGGAAGGCAGUGAUGGUAAGCUUAGCUUUGAGGGCUACUCUUCAUUAGCUGAAAGUCGUGUUUCCACUUUAACCAAACAGAAAAGAGAGAAUGUUUACUCCCUCUUUCAAGCCUAUGAAAAUAUGAAAACUGAACGUGGGGAAUUCGAUCUGGGUGAUCUAGUAAUUGACCUUCAUCGCCGGCUUAAAACUAUCGGGUACAAAGGUGACCAAAUGGACUUCAUUUACAUUGAUGAAGUUCAAGAUCUUAGCAUGAGGCAAAUUUCUCUCUUUAAAUAUAUUUGCCAAAAUGUUGAUGAAGGUUUUAUUUUUGCUGGUGAUACUGCACAAACAAUUGCAAGAGGCAUUGAUUUUAGGUUUCAAGAUAUUCGUUCUUUGUUCUAUAAGGAGUUUUUAACCUCCCAGACUUCUGGACAACAAGAGAAAGGUCUUGUAUCAGAGAUUUUCCAAUUAAAACAGAAUUUCCGAACUCAUGCGGGUGUUCUUGAUUUAGCUCAAAGUGUCAUUGAAAUUCUGUAUCGUUACUUUUCUCACUCAAUUGAUAUUUUAGAGCCAGAGACUAGUCUUAUUUCCGGUGAAGCUCCCGUCUUGCUAGAGUCUGGUAAUGAUGAGAAUGCAAUUGUGACAAUCUUUGGUGGCAGUGGAAGUGGCUCAGAAAUUGUUGGUUUUGGUGCUGAACAAGUGAUUCUGGUACGUGAUGAUAUUGCAAAAAAUGAGAUUUGCGAAUAUAUCGGAAGACAGGCUCUUGUUCUCACUAUAGUGGAGUGUAAAGGUCUGGAGUUUCAGGAUGUGCUGCUCUAUAACUUUUUUGGGACAUCCCCUUUGAAAGACCAAUGGAGAGUUUUAUAUGAAUACAUGAAGGAACGUGAUUGGCUCGAUGAGAAACUUCCUCAGUCAUUCCCUAACUUCAGUGAGUCCAAACACAGUGUCUUGUGUUCUGAAUUGAAACAAUUGUAUGUGGCUAUCACCCGUACAAGACAAAGGCUAUGGGUAUGUGAAAAUAAAGAGGAACUUUCUAAGCCAAUGUUCGAUUACUGGAAAAGAAGGGGACUCGUUCAGAUAAGAAAGUUGGAUGAUUCGGUGGCACAUGCAAUGCGUGUUGCAAGCAACCCUCAAGAAUGGAGGGAGCGUGGAAAGAAGCUUUUUUAUGAGAGUAAUUUUGUGAUGGCAACAUUGUGUUUUGAAAGAGCUGGGGACACAAUGUGGGAGACUUUAGCCAAAGCUUCGGGUCUUAGAGCAUCUGGUGACCAAAUGCGGGGAACAAAUCCUGAAGCGUUUUCAGGUUAUGUUAGAGAAGCAGCCGGAAUGUUCGAAUCUAUUGGGAAACUUGAGUCUGCUGCAUCUUGUUAUUGUGAUUUAGGGGAGUAUGAAAGAGCCGGAAAAAUAUAUUUAUAUAAGUGUGGAAAGAUGGAUGCAGCAGCAGAAUGUUUCACUCUAGCGGGUUGCUAUAUUGAUGCAGCAGAAGCUUAUGCAAAAGGAGAUAAGCUUUCCAACUGUUUGUCGGUUUGCAAGAAAGGUAAACUAUUUGAUAAAGGGUUGCAGUAUAUAGAACAAUGGAAAGAGCAUGUUAAUGUUCAAAAUAAAGAAAUGGAACACAUUGAACAAGAAUUCUUACAAAGUUGUGCCCUCGAUUACCAUGAGCAUAAAGAUACUACUUCCAUGAUGAAAUUUGUUCGGGCCUUCUCUUCUAUGGAAUCCAAACGUGUAUUCUUGAGGUCAUUAGGAUGCCUUGAUCACCUUUUGUUGUUGGAAGAAGAAUCAGGUCAUUUUCUUGAUGCUGCUGAGUUGGCGAGGUCAUGGGGUGAUGUUCUAAAAGAGGCUGAUCUUUUGGAAAAGGCAGGACAUUUUAAGGAUGCAGCGGUUCUCUUACUUUGGUAUGUUGUUUUUAGCUUGUUAUGGGGAAAUGAAAAUAAAGGUUGGCCAUUGAAGCAGUUUGCUCAGUAUGAAGAACUUUGUGAAAGAGCAAAAACUUUUGCAAAAAUGAAUUCAGACAUUUUCUUUGAUUUUGUCUGUAGUGAAUUAAAAGUAGUCUCUAAACAGCAUAGUAGCUUGGCUGAGUUGAAAAAAGAUUUGCAAGUUUCCCAGAGAAACAAGAGUUUGAGGGGAGAAAUUUUUUUGAUAAGAAAAAUCUUGGAUUCUCAUAUUCAGUUGAAUUCCUCAAAGUAUGAUUGGGAGGAUGAACUACCAACUGAUAUGCAUAAGCAUUGUGAGGACAAGAUUUUUCGAAAUCAAGUUUCUACCAGAACUCUAGUUUUUUACUGGAAUGCAUGGAAAGGAAAUGUCCUGGAUAUUUUUGAGUGUCUUGAAAGCUUCCACAAAGAACCAAAUGAACACGAGGGUCGUGUUGAAUUUAUAUUAAAUUAUUUCGGGGUGAGGAAGCAACGUGUUAAAGGAAAUGUCAUUUACAUAUUGGUCAAUGAGCAUGCUGAUUGGAUAAGAAAUGCUGGUCAAAAGGGUCUUCAAAGGGACGGGAAGCUUCUAACUAUGAAUAGCAGGGAUUUGGUGUUUUCUAUGAGGUCUUAUUGGCAGGUUGAGCUAGUUUAUGUUGGUAUAAAGGUGCUUGAAACUCUUGAAGGUCUGCAUAAGUCAAACUCAAAUGGUUCUGCAUUUCAUCAAAGCACAUAUCUCCUACAUAUUUUUGAGGUUUCCAAGUUCCUUUUAGACUGCCAGUACGUUAACCCCAAAGAUAAGAGGAAGCUGGAAAGAUUUCUAGGCAUUUCUUCCAGUUAUUUUGAUCUUGUGUUUCCAUUAGACUGGCGAAGAUCAGUCUCUAGUGAUUUGAUUUCUUUAAGAAAGACAGAUUUAUCUCUGAGCUUGCUUGAGGAGAUUAUUAAUCAAAAUCUCAACAUCAAGGGUGACACCACCUAUUGGAUAAUUGGGAGGGUGAUGAUGAUAUGUCUUGGUUCUAGAAAACCCGUAGCACUUUACGAGCAUAUUCUUACACGGAUUCAAUGGAAUCCUGCAUGGAAGUCCUUUUUUGACUUAUUUAUGAAGCUUAGCUUUAAUGAAUCUUAUGUUGCUCAAGGAUUGCAUAAUGCUUUGGAAGACACUUUUAGAGCCAAUUGGAGACGUGCUGGCUACAUUUCACCUCACAGUUUUGUGUAUCUCUUGGAAAGUCUUCUUUUCAUGGCAUCUUUCUCUUCAAGGAACUUUUUCACUACAAAGUCUUCGUUUAUUGGAUGGCUUACAAAUAUUCACUCUACUUCAAUUAUUCGGCAGUCAAACAGACAAAAUGCAAUACACUUUAUUCUUGGAGUGAUUCAAAAAAUUCUCUACGAUAAAACUGAUACUAUAUCAUGGAUUAAAAGUUCGAAUAUUAAGUUGUCUGAUUACCAUCCACUGUUAUCAUUGAAGCUAGUUAUGAUACUGUGUUUGAUUUGUCUUCAACUAUCAGAUUGUUCUCAAUUAUUACUUGAUUUGUUGUCGGGAAGAGAUAAUAUUGCUUAUUUGCUUCCAAAGAAGUUUGUCUAUGAUCUUCUAAGGAGAAGAAAGGGCCGUUAUUUGAACUUGAAUCCAGAAGUGGUUGCAGAAGCUUUUAUGAGCAUAGAUGAUUCUCUCCUGAUUGUGUGUUCGGGGAAUGCGAGUCCACGAAUCCAUGCUCCUUGUGCUAUAUUUGUGGACCCUGCAGGGAAAUCUAAAGAGGAGAUAUUGAGUGUGCUCUUCCCAAGGAAAACUACACUUAAUGUUCAAAAACCUCCAAAAAAUGAUGAUAUUGGGACGAUUCUUGAGACACCAUCUUCAAACACAUUACAGGAUGAAAUUCUGAAUGUGAAUCCUGUGGAACUGCAAAUGAACUGGGAAGUUCUUGAAGAUAUAUCUGAAGCUAUAAAUGGGACAAAGGGAUUAGUAGUGGACACCAGUAUGAUAAAGAAUGAAUUGGAUAAAAAUAUAGGCACAUUAACCAUGGCGCUAGCCGAUAAAAUUUCAUGUGCGGGAAAAGAUGCAACAGUUGUACAUGAAGCGAAUCUUGCAAAGGAAGAUCUGAAGCUGCUAUCUUCUUCUGUGGCAUAUUUCAGUCAGCAAAUUAGGGAGCACUCACUUGUCAUGAUGACUGUGCAAGGGGUUGUGGAAAGGCUGCAAAGUAAAAGGCCAAAGAUAGAUGAGUUCUUAAACCAAUCUGCCAUUAGUCAGGAAUCGAAUACUGGACACAUGGCAGUGUUGGAGAGCAGCAGCGCAUCUGAGGUUGGACAAACAAGUGGGGAGAAGAAUCAUGUUAAAGGAACAUGUGAUGAUUCACCGGUGGUAGAAAAUCAAAGCGGUGGAGUUAACACUCAGGAUGCAAGAAACAAGAAAGGGAAGGGUAAGAAGAAUAGAAAGAACAAAGGUAAAAAGAAAUGA